UUCCUUCCUUUCUUCAAAUGGAAAAGCUUCGUGAUUUUGUCACCAUUCUUCUAUUCCUUUGUCUACUAUUUCAUGGAGGAAUUGUAAUAGCUCUGAGAACCCACGAUGGAUCAGAGGAAUGGGGUUAUGUUGAAGUCAGACCCAAAGCCCACAUGUUCUGGUGGCUAUACAGAAGUCCCUAUAGAGUGGAAGAUCCCUCAAAACCAUGGCCAAUCAUUCUGUGGUUGCAGGGAGGACCUGGUGCUUCAGGAGUUGGGAUUGGAAAUUUUGAAGAGGUUGGGCCAUUAGAUACCAGCUUGAAGCCACGGAAUUCUACAUGGUUGAAAAAAGCAGAUCUCUUGUUUGUGGACAAUCCAGUUGGAACCGGGUAUAGUUUUGUGGAGGAUGCAAAACUCUACGUGAAAACAGAUGAGGAAGCAGCUACUGACUUGACUACAUUGUUAAUUGAGUUAUUCAAUAGAGAUGAGAAUCUCCAAAAGAGUCCUCUGUUCAUUGUGGCAGAGUCUUAUGGUGGCAAAUUUGCUGUCACUCUUGGGUUGUCUGCUUUAAAAGCUAUUGAAGAUGGGAAAUUGAAGCUUAAAUUUGGAGGUGUGGCAUUAGGAGACAGUUGGAUCUCCCCAGAAGAUUUUGUGUUCUCAUGGGGUCCUCUCCUUAAAGACCUCUCACGACUUGACGAUAAUGGGCUGCAAAAAUCAAACAGUCUAGCUCAAAAGAUCAAGAAGCAACUUGAGGAUGGUAAAUUUGUUGAUGCAACCAACACAUGGAGUGAACUUGAGUCCGUAAUUUCAGAGAGCAGCAACAAUGUGGACUUUUAUAAUUUUAUGGUGGAUGCGGGAAAUGAUUCAGUAACGUUAUCAGCAAUGGAGUUGGGGUUAUCCAAAGAAAUAGCAAUAAAGAGGUACUCCAAGUAUCUUACUUCCAUGAGGUCUAGGUCAUCAUCUCCUGGCGGUGAUGUUGAUCUUGACAAGUUAUUAAACGGUGUCAUAAAGAAGAAGCUAAAGAUUAUACCAGAGAAUGUCACAUGGGGAGGGCAGGGUGGUGAGGUCUUCACAUACCUUGAAGGUGAUUUUAUGAAGCCAAGAAUUAAUGAGGUUGAUGAAUUGCUGGCCAAGGGGAUCAAUGUGACUGUGUAUAAUGGCCAAGUUGAUCUGAUUUGUGCAACUAAGGGGACUGAAGCUUGGCUUAGGAAACUCAAGUGGGAAGGGCUUCAAAAUUUCUUGGGGAAAGACAGAACACCCCUCUACGUUGGAAGUGACAAAACGACCAAAGGCUUUGUGAGGUCAUACAAAAACCUACACUUCUAUUGGAUUCUCGGAGCUGGCCAUUUUGUACCCUCUGAUCAGCCCUACCUGGCACUAGACAUGGUGGGUGCAAUAACACAGUCACCUGCGACUUGAGGUUUGCAUAGAAAAGAACUAUUUCUAAAAUAAAACAGCGUACUAUAGAAAGAAUUGUUGAUCAGCUAAGCGAUCACCAACAAGCAAACUAGAACAGGAACAAGCAAAGAAUAGCAAUGAAUUGAACUCAUGGAGAUGAUAUUUAUUGUUUGCUUUUACACUGUCAUUCUUUUUUAAUGUAAUAAUCAUAUGUACUUUUUUUCUUCAAAAUUUGGUCAUUCACUAUUCAGGUCUUUUUUUUUUUUUCAAAUA